AAGGAGAGCCGUAAAGCGUUUUGUUGUGAUGAGAGAGGUCAUUGGAAAGUGAGCACAGAGCUACCUGGGCUGGUUCGGGGGACAGAAAGAUACUUUAUUGCUACCAGCUAUUCCGGUACCGGAGUAGAUCCAGCGGAAUUUAAAAGGUCUUUAGCGACUAAACUAACCAAGACACUAACCAAAAUGCUUCGUCUCGUCCUGCGGCUGAGGAAUUCUUCAGCGAUUCCCCGGUGCCGUGGUGCCCUACCUGGGCCUGCCCUGAGCUCUCGCCCCUCUCCGGGACCUUGUCAUCUGAGGCUUUACCACGGUUUUGUCCGGUCAAGGGCUGUUUGCUAUGGAGGUAGUUUGAACACCGUGGUGUUCGCCAGCAGAACAGCCCCGCUGCCCGCCAGCGGCACCCAGCGCUUCUACAGCCUACCACCGCACCAGAAGGUGGAGCUGCCUGCUCUGUCCCCCACCAUGCAGACUGGAACCAUCGCUCGCUGGGAGAAGAAGGAGGGAGACAAGAUCAAUGAGGGAGACCUUAUUGCUGAGGUGGAGACUGACAAGGCCACGGUGGGGUUUGAGCUGUUGGAGGACUGUUACCUGGCUAAGAUCCUGGUAGCUGAAGGAACUGGAGUUGCCGUGGGCUCUGUCAUCUGCAUCACUGUCGACAGUGCUGAUCUGAUCCCAGCCUUUAAGGACCUGACGUUGGACAAGCUGGCUGCUAGCUCCGCUCCUUCUGCGGCUGCCCCUCCCCCCCCCACUGCUGUCGCCCCUGGCAGCUCCCUACCACCCCACAUGAAGGUGUGUCUGCCAGCCCUGUCUCCUACUAUGACCAUGGGGACAGUGCAGCGCUGGGAGAAGAAGGUUGGAGAGAAACUCAGUGAAGGAGAUCUACUGGCGGAGAUAGAGACCGACAAGGCUACCAUCGGGUUUGAGGUGCAGGAGGAGGGUUACCUGGCGAAGAUCAUGGUGUCUGAGGGAACGCGUGACGUUCCUCUGGGCGCUCCUCUCUGCAUCAUCGUGGAGAAGGAGAGUGACAUCGCUGCCUUCAGUGACUACGUAGAGACAGCAGGGGCAGAUGUCUCCACCCCACCCCCUGCUCCUGCACCAGCACCAGCACCGGUUGUAGCCCCCACUCCUGCAGCAGCUAGCCCAGCUCAUGUGGCCCCGGCAACCCCAAGGAAAGGGCGUGUCUUCGCCAGUCCGCUAGCCAAGAAGCUCGCUGCAGAGAAGGGCAUUGACCUGGCCCAGGUCAGCGGCUCUGGUCCUGAUGGUAGAGUCACCAGGAGAGACAUUGAGACCUUUGUCCCUCCCAAGGCUGUCCCUGCUGCUCCUGUUGCUGCAGCUCCUCCUUCCCCGGCUAGCCACGCCCCUACACCUGCCCCGGGUGUUGCCGUGCCAACAGGCACCUUCACUGACGUUCCUAUCAGCAACAUCCGCAGGGUGAUAGCCCAGAGGUUGAUGCAGUCUAAACAGACCAUUCCCCACUACUACCUGUCUGUUGACGUCAACAUGGACCAAGUCCUGGAACUACGCACGGAGCUCAACGCUGAGGUAAAGGCCCAGAACAUCAAGCUGAGUGUGAAUGAUUUCAUCAUUAAAGCCAGCUCUCUGGCCUGCCUCAAGGUCCCGGAAGCCAACUCCCAAUGGCUCGACUCUGUCAUCCGACAGAACCAUGUGGUGGACGUGAGUGUGGCGGUGAGUACGCCCAACGGUCUGAUAACGCCCAUCGUGUUCAACGCCCACACCAAGGGACUGGCUGCUAUCAGCUCUGAUGUCUCAGCCCUGGCUGCCAAGGCCCGCGACGGGAAACUACAGCCGCACGAGUUCCAGGGAGGCACGUUUACCAUCUCUAACCUGGGAAUGUUUGGUGUCAAGAACUUCUCAGCCAUCAUUAACCCUCCCCAGGCCUGUAUUCUGGCAGUAGGGGGCUCAGAGAAGAGACUGCUGCCCGCUGACAAUGAGAAAGGGUUUGACGUGGCCAGCAUGAUGUCGGUGACGUUAAGUUGUGACCAUCGCGUGGUGGACGGAGCAGUGGGAGCUCAGUGGCUCGCAGAGUUCAGGAAGUUCCUGGAGAAGCCUGUCACCAUGCUGCUCUGAUUGGAUAACACCCUCACCAGGCCACACUGUGGUUGGCUGGAGCCGUCGCCAAGCUGAUUGGUGGAAACCGUUCAACAUGUUUCUGUGAUUGGCUGGCCCACCACAAGGACACUCCCCCUCCCCCUUAAAGGGGUGAGGCAGGACUCACUCCCCUCAGAAUAUAAGACACUUUUCCCUCUUCCUCUGUCUCUCGCCCUCCAUAACUGUUGACAUAGUUAUUGACAUAGUUACAGUUUAGCCCAGUGGCUGUGAUGUCACUACAACAUGUUGUUUAUAAAGGUAACUGUUACAGUUGGGAGAAGAUUGUGUUUAAAGUUUUAAAAAAAGAUGACAUUGGAGCUAAGAGUACGUUAGCAAAGAGAGAGAGAGAGACCUGAAGAGACACACAGACAAACACACUAGCCCAGCCCCUCUGAUCAGCCUGCUAUGUAGAACCAGUAUAGUCACACACUAGCCCAGCCCCUCUGAUCAGCCUGCUAUGUAGAACCAGUAUAGUCACACACUAGCCCAGCCCCUCUGAUCAGCCUGCUAUGUAGAACCAGUAUAGUCACACACUAGCCCAGCCCCUCUGAUCAGCCUGCUAUGUAGAACCAGUGUUGUUUAUGUAAAUACAUUGACAGGAGGUCCACAUCUCUGCUUGUUGUCUUCUCUCCAUGGUAGGUAAUUGAGAGAUUGAUGAAUGUCACUGAUUUGCCAGAGUUCAAUCGCCUAUAGCAGGUCUGAAUCAGUCCCUGAUUACAGAGGAAAGAUGUCAACUAGCCGUGCUGCUGACCUCCAGGUAUGGAGCUGAGAACAGCUGAUCUAGCUUGUGAUGCUCUAUGAUCAGCUGAUCUAGCUUGUGAUGCUCUAUGAUCAGCUGAUCUAUCUGGUGAUGCUCUAUGAUAGGGGUCUCCAACAGGUCCAUCUACCAGUAGCUACCAGCCCACCUAUGAGUAGCUCGCCAAACAAUUCUGAAAGUACAUGCAAUUGUCAGUAUCAGACACAGAACGCUCCCAACUACUAUCUAAACAACACAACGUUGACAUUAUCCCACCCCUGGUUAGCGACUAUUGGCUUCAAAAGCCAAACCUAACACAAUAUCUGGCAAUUAUUUUCCAGCAAUAUUGCCUCUGUCUGUGUGGUGUGCAUGUUUUUCUAUCACUCAGUGUGUAGCCAGUUGAUAUGAUAACCGUCUUGUGGUUUUACAGAAAUACUUUCGCCAAAACCUUCUCAAUUAAAUGUUAACUGCAAAGUAGGCUUACCUGGCAGAAGCAUAUCAUGAGUAAGUAUGUAAUUUGCAUCUGUUAUUUGUUAACUCUGCCAUGAACUGAGCAGCAGCAGUCUAGAACCAUCACUAGAUCAGCACAUUAGAUGGGACAUUCCUCACUCCCCAGAUUCACAAUUAAAGGGCCAGAUGCACAAUUAAAGGGGAAUUACACCCCAAAAAGUCUAAAUUUGUUAGUUUUCUUCCAGGCACCCAUAAAAUGGCUUUGUGUGAUUUAAGUAUUGACAUGGACUCAGAACAUCCAUUAUCACACCUCCACUGUGGGGCUCUAUAGGUCUUCUGAUGUGAUUUAAUGACGGACUCAGAACAUCCAUUAUGACACCUCCACUGUGGGACUCUAUAGGUCUUCUGAUGUGAUUUAAUGACAUGGACUCAGAACAUCCAUUAUGACACCUCCACUGUGGGGCUCUAUAGGUCUUCUGAUGUGAUUUAAUGACAUGGACUCAACCUAAUGUCGUUGUUUCUCUAUAAACAAUUCUAACCAUCAUUUAGGAGAGAUAAAACAGAUUUUAUAGCCCCCCUUAGAGUUGUUUAUGAAUGAACUGUUAUUUGACCAGGUAUAUUGACAGAAAACACAGUUCACUACUUUCUGAGUAGCAGGAAAGAGGAGAAUGUGCCUACAGUGAGGGAAAAAAGUAUUUGACCCGCUGCUGAUUGUGUACGUUUGCCCACUGACAAAGAAAUUAUCAGUCUAAUUUGAAUGGUAGGUUUAUUUGAACAGUGAGAGACAGAACAACAACAACAAAAAUCCAGAAAAAACGCAUGUCAGAAAUGUUAUAAAUUGAUUUGCAUUUUAAUGAGGGGAUCAAAUAGUUUUUUCCCUCUCUGUAUUGGAAAGCUAGAAAGAAAUGGGUAGCUGAAGACAUUUCUAGCUCUUAUGCUAGAAAAGGUUGGAGACCCCUGCUCUAUGAUCAGCUAAUCUAGGAUGGAUGGAGUCUUCAUUUACAGUGGGAGGGGCUUUAUUUAUGACAUCACCCCCUGACUAAGCACUCGGCCAAUCCCCUUCUUCCCCUGGACAUGUUAUUAUUUCCUAACCUGUUAACAAACAUUCUGAACAGGAAAUGUUGUGUAUUUACAUGACAUCAUCUGAAAACAAGUGAAACGCACAAAGAAGUGAAGCUGGAUGUACCGUUGCCAUGGGAAUUAUUGCUGAAUAAAUUGAGUCAAAAUGA